UGCUCAAGCCAGUUUGAAGGUGAAACUCCUGUCCGGCGACUGAAAGCGAUACGAUCUGUAGCUUUGCGUUCAGUCAGUGUUGAUUGUAUUGUAUAUUUUUUUAAAGAAAAGCUCAGAACAACUAAUUAGACCGGCAUGUCGUCCAUAUUCAGCGAGGUUCCUCUAGCCGCUCCCGUCGCCGUGUUCAAACUGACGGCGGAUUUCCGUGAAGACCCGAGUCCUAACAAGGUGAACCUCGGAGUAGGAGCAUAUAGGACAGAUGAGAGUCAGCCAUGGGUACUGCCUGUUGUGAGAAAGGUGGAGAAGCUGAUUGCUGGUGAUGACAGUCUAAACCACGAGUACCUGCCCAUCCUAGGUCUACCUGAGUUCCGUUCCAGCGCUUCAAAGAUUGUUCUGGGGAUGGACAGUCCUGCUAUUCUGGAGAAGAGGGUAGGAGGCGUUCAGUGUCUUGGAGGAACUGGUGCUUUAAAGAUUGGUGCUGAGUUUCUGCGCAGAUUUCACAAUGGAAACAAUAACACAAAAACACCUGUUUAUGUCUCUACGCCCACAUGGGAGAACCACAAUGCUGUUUUUGCUAAUGCUGGGUUCGAGGAUAUCCGUUCAUACAAAUAUUGGGAUGCAGAGAAGCGUGGACUGAACCUCUCUGGGCUUCUGAGUGAUUUAGAGAGUGCACCGGAACACUCUAUCUUUGUCCUGCACGCCUGCGCCCAUAACCCCACAGGCACAGAUCCAAGCCAGGAUGACUGGAAGAAGAUUGCUGAAGUCAUGAAGAGGAGGAAUCUCUUUGCCUUCUUUGACUCGGCAUAUCAAGGAUUUGCCUCUGGAAACUUAGAGAAGGAUGCUUGGGCAGUCCGUUAUUUCGUGUCUCAGGGUUUUGAAACAUUCGUUGCCCAGUCUUUCUCUAAGAACUUUGGCCUGUACAAUGAGAGGGUGGGUAACCUGACAGUUGUGGCUAAAGAUGCAGACAACAUGAGCCGUGUCCUCUCUCAAAUGGAAAAGAUUGUCCGUAUCACCUGGUCCAAUCCACCAUCACAGGGAGCCCGCGUGGUCGCGAUAACGCUGAACACCCCAGAACUCUUUGCUGAGUGGAAGGAUAAUGUUAAGACGAUGGCUGAUAGGGUUUUGCUGAUGCGUGCUGAAUUGAAGGCCAAAUUGAAGGCACUUGGCACCCCAGGCACCUGGGAGCACAUCACUGAGCAAAUCGGGAUGUUCAGCUUCACAGGCCUUAACCCCAAACAAGUGGAGUACAUGGUGAAGGAGAAGCACAUUUAUUUGAUGGCCAGUGGCCGUAUCAACAUGUGUGGCCUAACCACUAAGAAUAUUGACUACGUGGCUGAGUCCAUUCAUGAAGCUGUCACCAGGGUCCAAUAAUCAUAUUUCUCAUGCAGUCUUUCUGUUUGUGUGUGACAAAUAAGCCACCUUCUAAAUGUGGCGAUGUCCUCUCACACUUGUACCCCCGAACCUUAUCAUUUGCUUGCUCUAUGAUCAAACAUAAACUAUAAACUCAAUUACAAUUCAAGGUUACAUAGUUGUCCAAGAGAGAUAGUUCUGUGUCGUCUGUAUUUCACAUGCGCUCAUCCUGGAUUAGAUCAUAAAUCCGAUGCACUUUCUUGUAUAAUUAUGGAGUGAUAAAUUAAUACCACUAAUAUUCUGUUUUUAAAAAUGCCAGUAAUAUAGUGCUCAUGUAUGUUUUGUUUGUUAGGCAAAGUUAUGAGUUGAUUCUGUAAACUGAACAAAGAGGUCAAAUAUAGACACACCCAAAACUAGUCCUUCGGGUGCAGGGUUAUGUUUCCAUAAGGGAGUGAUAAAUAAACACAUCUGUGCUUAUAUGCAAUAGGAUAAAAAGUGAUCUGCAUGAGACUAUUUGAAUAUUAUACUGUCGAGUCACUAGCUCAUGGCUACAAAGGAAGUUGUUUUGCAUAAGCUUUACCCAAAACAUUAAACUAACUUGCUUUAUGUAACCUGCACCAACCUCUGGUGAGGCAUAAAUACAACCACCACCUGACUAUCCUUCGUGGCUGCAUCAUCUAGAUAUUAUCAUUAGUUCUUUUUAGAUACUGGCAUGAACUACAGUGAUUAUCACCAUAGUCAAAAAUAAGAACAGUGUAUAUUUAAUGUCAACAGUUCUUGAAAACAUUUUGCACUUUAUGAUCAGCUUUUGCAUCCUGUGAAUGCUGUGUAUAUGUGUGUUUAGGGUCAGUGCAGUGUCAUGGUCUCUGUCAAAUAUAAUAACAUAUUAGCACAAGUAAGCUUUGGCUUAUGAUUUCCCCAGAAUGUUAAAUAUACAUACACGAAAUAUAAUAAUUAGGACAAACUGAACCAACCUCUUAAAAUAAAAAGAAAAAAAAAUGAAGAA